CCAACUGCCAACGUACGUCAGAAGUCAAAGUCAAACCAGUCGAGGUUUUGUUACAACGGACGUGAGUCGUCCAUAGACACAGUCGACACUAUAUUAAUUAAGGCCGAGACGUAAAAGCGUUCAAAUGGCCACGGGAGGAUUGCUUUCAAAGACCAAGGUUGCUCUCAGGCCGUACCUACGUGCCUACAGCACCGGUGUGAACGAAGUGUUCAUCGUGAGCGGUGCCAGGACGCCCAUGGGAUCGUUCAGAAGUACUUUGAGUUCGUUGCCAGCCACAAAACUUGGCGCCGUCGCGAUUGAAGGUGCUGUCGAAAGAGCAGGGAUUCCAAAGGAAUGCGUCGAUGAAGUUUUCAUGGGACAUGUAUGCCAGGGCGGUACCGGUCAAGCGCCAGCCAGACAGUCUUCACUGUUUGCAGGUCUCAAUGAGAGCGUCAUUUGCACGACAGUCAACAAAGUGUGCUCUUCCGGAAUGAAAGCCGUGAUGCUCGGUGCGCAAAGCCUUAUGCUCUCGCAUCAAAGAGUCAUCAUCGCCGGUGGCAUGGAAUCUAUGUCCAACACACCUUAUUACAUGACAAGGGGCGACACACCCUACGGAAGCGUCCAACUCCAGGAUGCGAUCCUCGUCGACGGUCUUAUGGACGUGUACAACAAAUUCCACAUGGGCAACUGUGCAGAAAAUACAGCGAUGGUUCAAAAGAUAAGCAGAGAAGAACAGGACAACUUUGCGAUGAAUAGUUAUAAAAGGAGUGCAGAAGCGGUUAAAUCGGGGGUGUUAGCUCAAGAAAUUGUACCUGUCAAUAUUCCCCAGAAAAAAGGAAAGCCUGAUGUAACCGUUUCUGAAGAUGAAGAAUAUAAGCGAGUUAACUUCGAUAAAUUUGGUACACUUGCGACCGUCUUCAAGAAAGAAGGCGGCACUGUCACUGCAGGGAAUGCGUCCACCUUGAACGACGGCGGUGCAGCUAUGGUUUUAAUGAGCGAACAGGCCGUAAAAGAAUUCGGAGUCAAGCCUCUUGCACGAAUCGUAGGAUUUGCUGACGGGGCGACAAAACCGAUCGAUUUUCCCAUCGCCCCUGCUUUUGCCAUUCCAAAGUUAUUAAAAAACACCGGCGUUAAUAAAGAUGAUGUCGCUCUUUGGGAGAUAAACGAGGCUUUCAGUGUUGUAGUCGUCGCUAAUAUGAAACUCUUAGAUUUGGACCCUUCAAAAGUCAACGUCCACGGAGGAGCAGUCAGUUUAGGACAUCCCAUUGGAAUGUCCGGAGCACGAAUCGUCCUACAUUUAUGCUACGCUUUGAAACCCGGACAAAAAGGAGUCGCUUCGAUUUGCAAUGGUGGCGGUGGUGCUUCGUCGAUCAUGGUUGAGAAAUUAUAAAUUACAGAUAUAAAAAAACUGUAAAGACUGUUGAUUCAGGAGUGAUGUGCCACAAUUUUAUCGGAUUAUAUUUUUUAUAAAAGUGUUAUUUUUAAAAAUACAUUUAUGCUGGUUAUGUUUCUCAUCUGUAUAA